GAGUAGGUCUUCGCUGUGACAGAUUUCAGUUUUAUUUGCUACUUCAUACUUGCAUUCAGAUGGUGACUAGUCGUCGUCUGUGGGUCUUGAUUUUGCCUGGCAUUGAGGAUACCUAGAGCCUUCAAGAUGUGCAGGCCCUGUGUUAGGCCACAGGAAUUCGAGGUGAAUAAGAACAAGAGCAGCUUUGCCUGAGGCCUAAUGUACACUGAUACCAUGCUGAAUGUUUCUGUUCAUUUUAUCUUCACAACCAUCCUAUGAGGUUUGCUCACUCAAAGAGCCCAGAAAUGACACCCAGCAGCAAUGAGCACACCAGGCCCCGUUUCUUGGUUUCUAAAUGUUAUCUCCUCUAAAAGAAACCAGGGCUUCCUGGAGAAAUUGAUGAUUCCAGGACUUUUACAGGAAAAGUUCAAGUUUGGAAUCUAAGGCUUGGGGCAAGACCCAUGUGAUCACCUGGAAGUAAAUGCAAGGAGAGUUUCCACGGUGCAGGGGAAUGGACAGAGCAUGGCUGGGUAAAUUUCAAGAAGACGAUGCUCAGCAUGAAUAAGGUUGUCUUCCAAUAAACUGGAGACUUCCCCACCUACAUCAGCCCACCAGGAUAAGGGAUCUUUGGCUCACAGUCCAGGGGACUAUGUAGAGGCUUAUGCAGAGCGGGGUGAGAAGAUUGGACUUUGCAGUGGAAGCAGCAUCCCUCCCAUCUGGGACCAGGCGGAGGGCGUCCCCAACCUGGGGGGAGCAGAGGACCCGCCCUGACCUAGCCCGGCCCAGCCUAGUCCUGCCGGGCCUGAGCGCCCCGCCCAGGAGCCGGCUCUGAGUCAGGGCCCACUGGGGUCCAGGAGCGGGCGCCAUGGACAAGAUCUUGGAGGCGGUGGUGACGUCGUCGUACCCGGCCAGCGUGAAGCAAGGGCUGGUGCGGCGCGUGCUGGAGGCGGCGCGGCAGCCGCUGGAGCGGGAGCAGUGCCUGGCGCUGCUGGCGCUGGGCGCGCGGCUCUACGUGGGCGGCGCCGACGAGCUGCCGCGCCGCGUGGGCUGCCAGCUGCUGCACGUGGCGGGCCGCCACCACCCCGACGUCUUCGCCGAGUUCUUCAGCGCGCGCCGCGUGCUGCGCCUGCUGCAGGGCGGGGCCGGGCCCCCGGGCGCCCGCGCGCUGGCCUGCGUGCAGCUGGGCCUGCAGCUGCUGCCCGAGGGGACCGCGGCCGACGAGGUGUUCGCGCUGCUGCGGCGCGAGGUGCUGCGCACCGUGUGCGAGCGCCCGGGGCCCGCGGCCUGCGCGCAGGUGGCUCGGCUGCUGGCGCGGCACCCGCGCUGUGUGCCCGACGGCCCGCACCGCCUGCUCUUCUGCCAGCAGCUGGUGCGCUGCCUCGGUCGCUUCCGCUGCCCCGCCGAGGGCGAGGAGGGCGCCGUGGAGUUCCUGGAGCAGGCCCAGCAGGUGAGCGGGCUCCUGGCGCAGCUGUGGCGCGCGCAGCCCGCCGCCAUCCUGCCCUGCCUCAAAGAGCUGUUUGCGGUCAUCUCGUGCACAGAGGAGGAGCCGCCGUCUAGCGCCCUGGCCAGUGUGGUCCAGCACCUCCCACUGGAACUCAUGGACGGUGUCGUCCGGAACCUCAGCAACGAUGACAGUGUGACGGACUCCCAGAUGCUGACGGCCAUUAGCAGGAUGAUCGAUUGGGUUUCCUGGCCCCUUGGGAAGAACAUUGACAAGUGGAUCAUUGCACUGCUGAAGGGCCUGGCUGCCGUUAAGAAGUUCAGCAUCUUGAUCGAGGUUUCACUUGCCAAAAUUGAGAAGGUCUUCUCCAAGCUGCUGUACCCAAUUGUCCGGGGAGCUGCCUUGUCUGUCCUCAAGUACAUGCUCCUGACUUUCCAGCACUCCCAUGAGGCCUUCCACCUGCUCCUCCCUCACAUCCCCCCCAUGGUGGCCUCUCUGCUCAAGGAGGACUCGAACUCGGGGACCAGCUGCCUGGAGCAGCUGGCAGAGCUGGUCCACUGCAUGGUGUUCCGGUUCCCGGGCUUCCCGGACCUGUAUGAGCCUGUCAUGGAGGCCAUCAAGGACCUCCAUGUUCCCAACGAGGACCGCAUCAAGCAGCUGCUGGGGCAGGAUGCCUGGACCUCACAGAAGAGCGAGCUGGCUGGCUUCUACCCCCGGCUCAUGGCCAAGUCAGACACGGGCAAGAUUGGUUUAAUCAAUCUGGGAAACACGUGCUACGUGAACAGCAUCCUUCAGGCCUUGUUCAUGGCUUCUGACUUCAGACACUGCGUCCUCCGUUUGACUGAGAACAACUCACAGCCCUUGAUGACCAAGCUGCAGUGGCUCUUUGCCUUCCUGGAGCACAGCCAGCGACCUGCCAUUUCCCCAGAGAACUUCCUCUCUGCGUCCUGGACACCCUGGUUCAGCCCUGGCACCCAGCAGGACUGCUCAGAGUACCUGAAGUACCUGCUGGAUAGGCUGCACGAAGAGGAGAAAACUGGGACAAGGAUCUGCCAAAAGCUCAAACAAUCCAGCUCACCCUCCCCACCUGAGGAGCCCCCGAGUCCAAGUUCAACCUCUGUGGAGAAAAUGUUUGGGGGCAAGAUUGUGACUCGGAUAUGCUGUCUCUGCUGCCUCAAUGUCUCCUCCCGCGAGGAGGCCUUCACCGACCUCUCUCUUGCCUUUCCUCCUCCUGAGCGCUGUCGCCGCCGUCGCCUGGGCUCGGUGAUGGUCCCUGCAGAGGACAUCAGAGCCCAGGAGCUCCCACCAGCAGCCCGAGCCCAGGUCGCAAGCCCAAAGGUGGGUCCCCGGAGGCAAAGGAAACUCUGUAUCACAGGGGACGCGCCCCCCACUGUCCUGGACAGCGGAGGCCUGGACUCCCCGGCAGCGGGGGAGCAGGGCGGGCAGGAGAGGGAGGAGGAAAGGAAGGAAGAGAGAGCAGAGAAGGAAGAAGAAGUGGAAAAGGAAGAGGAGGAGGAAGAAGAAAGGACCCGAGUGGAAGAAGAGGAGAAAGAAAAAGUGGAGGAGGAGAAGGUGGAGAAGGAAAAGGAGGCGGCGCCCCAGGAGGAGGAGGAGGCUGAGAAGGAGAAGGAAGAGGACGGCCUGGGCUCGGGGACCUCCCAGGAUGCUGUCAUCCUCUGUGAGGAACAGACGUGUGGCCCUGAGGGCUCCCGCUCUGUCCUGGACCUGGUCAACUACUUCCUGUCACCCGAAAGGCUGACGGCGGAGAACCGCUACUACUGCGAGUGCUGUGCCUCCCUGCAAGACGCAGAGAAGGUGGUGGAGCUGAGCCAGGGGCCGCGCUACCUCAUCCUCACGCUGCUGCGCUUCUCCUUCGACCUGCGCACCAUGCGGCGCCGCAAGAUCCUGGACGACGUCGCCAUCCCCCUGCUGCUCCGCCUGCCGCUGGCCGGCGGCCGGGGCCAGGCCUACGACCUGUGCAGUGUCGUGGUGCACUCCGGAGUGUCCUCAGAGAGCGGGCACUACUACUGCUACGCCCGCGAGGGCGCUGCCCGUCCCCCUCCUGCUCUGGGAGCUGCCGACAGGCCAGAGCCCGAGAACCAGUGGUACCUGUUCAACGACACUCGAGUGUCCUUCUCCUCCUUUGAGUCUGUCAGCAACGUCACCUCCUUCUUCCCCAAGGACACAGCCUAUGUGCUCUUUUACCGGCAGCGGCCUGGGGAAGAGGCCGAGUUGGGCUCUCCCAGAGUCCGGGCAGAGCCCACCCUCCACAAGGACUUGAUGGAAGCCAUUUCCAAAGACAACAUCCUUUACCUGCAGGAGCAGGAGAAGGAGGCACGCAGCAGGGCGGCCUACAUCUCGGCACUCCCUGCCUCUCCACGCUGGGGGAGAGGCUUUGAUGAAGACAAGGAUGAGGAUGAAGGCUCCCCAGGGGGUUGCAACCCUGCAGGUGGCAAUGGUGGCGACUUCCACAGACUGGUCUUCUAAUGUGAACCCACUCCUAGCCUGCUCCCACCUCUGGGGGGCCCCAUAGCCAACCUCGGGAAGCAGUGACCCCUCCCUUCUGGAAGCCCGGAGGGGUCUGGGGGAGGCAGGCCUAGUGCUGAAGUAGGCUCUUCCAAGGGCAAGGAGGAGGGCUAGCGUCUGGGACCCCAGACCUCGGCCUGGAGGGUACACAGAGACUCUCAGACGUGGAGGUAAGACCCAAGCCCCUGAUCCUGGGAUCAGUCCCAUUAACAUUUUACACCCAAGUGUCCUGAUUAACUUGAAGCAACUGAGGUGGGCACACUCUGGGCUUUGCCUCCACCCCCUCCUGCCCCUGCAGGCUCCCUGUGCAGGAGCAUCUGAUUAUGUUCAGGAAACAGGGCUGAACCUCAGCUCUGAUGUUUUGCUAUCAAGUAGCACUUCCCUUCCAGCUCUAUUCAGACGAGUCCUGCUCUAUAAUACGAAAAGCACAGCGGGAUCUGAGUCCUUGCACAAAAAAGGGGGCUGUGUGUCACCUCUGGCCAUCCUCUUGUUUCUCCAGGGGGGUUCCCUCCACUGUUGGUUUGUACUACUUUAAGAGUAGUAGAGGGGAAGCAGCGUGGCACAGAUCAGAGACCCAGAGUUUCAUCUGGUCCGACCCCUCCUUGGCCUGUCUCCCUCCCCUGUAGCAAGCGAGGACACAUCAAGGGGAGGCGGAGCCCCUUUACCUCUAUCCCCUCUCUUCUCUCGCCUGCCUCAGUGCCUGAGAUGCCACCGUUAGCAUCCCCCUUCUGGUUAAAGUAGAGUCCUUACUUCACUGCAGAGACUGAAGCCAUCGUCCUCUGAGGAAGCGGGCUGGCUCGUCUGUGCGCAGUGGGCCAUUAGGGCUGUGAGAGUGGCUGCCUGAGGGGGGUGGUGAAGCGCAGAUGUUGACCUCAUUGUGCCCCGACACUGCUAUAAGCCCCCUCUAAGUGAAGCAGAGACCCACGUCUCUAACAGAAAUAAAACUAGGUUCAAUGAA